CCCCAAUGACCAAACUCUGAUUUGCUGGCUGAAAACCAGGGACAACAUCGGCUUGGUGACAGUGAUUUUAUGUCGAUUGCAAAUGGGAAUGGAGAAUCUGCAUUUUAAGUCUUUCGUAGCACUGUAUUUCCUGCUUUUCGAAAGACGUGCCCACCACAUUAACAGCCUUGACUAAUCAGCCAACUCCAAUACACCAGGAGAGACCGGGACCCAAGGGUGCAGCCUCAGAGUGAAGGCCCAGCCCUUUAGAGCAAAGGUGGUGAACCUGUGCAGGAUAAGGGUCUCACAGGCUGGGCCAGCAUUUAAUGCCAACCCCUAAUUGUCCAGAGGACAGUUAAGAAUCAACCAUAUUGCAGAGGGCCUGGAGUCACCGAAGGCCCAAACCAGGUCAUCAAACCUAACAACAUCCAUAAAAACAAUGGCUGAAUGCUCAAAUCUAAAAGAAAACACAGGAUUUUCCGUUAGAACGAGAGGAGUCACAGAACCAAACCGCGCUGUCAGUGACAUCCUGAGAAAGUGCAAUGAUUACCAACUGUUACAGUUGACAAAAUUCUACCAGGACAGACUGGAGCAGGCAGUGGAAGGAGGGGUGGAUGGAGUCAGCUCAUUGUUGACUUAUGAGAAUCAUUUCAGUGGACAAGAGCAUAAGAAAAUUACCACGCUUGUGGAGAAGGGUGCCAGGGCAGAAAGCUCAAAGAUUCUUCUAAAGAUGGUGAUGGGGAAAGGGUCUGCAGCCAGAAGGGCAAUGUGGAAAUCCUUCACAAAAAUGCGCCAAGGAGUGCCAAAGUUGGACAAAAUACUGAAAGAAAUUGAAGAAAUGGAUUUUGAUGCAUUUCAAAACUUAAAUAUCACACAAAGUCCAUCUGGAGUCCCUGGAGAAUUGAAAGACAUUCAACAGAAACACAAGGAAACACUCCGGCAACAAACUGAAACACUGAGCGUGAACACGAUCCUAAUUAAGACAAAGUAUAAGAUUUUUCAAUUAGUUGAUCGAUACGUUGAGCUAACUAUCAUUUCUAGUGUUCGGGAUCGGAAACUGGUCGAACAUGAACUGCUGGCAAGAGGCGGAGAGCAUGGAAAGUGGAGAGAGAAACAUCUCCGAAGAGAUCUGGAAAAAAUCCGCAUUGAGCAAUUGUUCCAAAGCAAUAUUUCCCAGUUUGGCAGCCUGCUCCAGAAAAUGAAGCAUUUCUUUGGGCAGUCGAAUUCUGGGAUUUCAGCUUCAGUGAGUGGGGUCCCAGGGAUUGGGAAAACAACAAUGAUACAAAAGGUGGUCCAUGAUUGGGCUACUGGGAAAAUAUAUCCACAGUUUCAAUUUGUUUUCAGUUUUAAAUUCUGCGAUCUGAACAAUAUUAACCACAGAAUAAACCUGAGGAAUCUGAUAUUGAAUCAGUAUCCUUACUUUGGGAACGCUCUGGGAGAGGUCUGGAAGCACCCAGAGGGUUUGCUCUUUAUAUUUGAUGGUUUGGAUGAAUUUAAGGACAGUAUCAGCUUUGAAGACAAUCGAAGCAGUACAGAAUCACAUUCUGUGUGCACAGAUCCCCAAUUCCCUUGUGAAGUGUCUGACAUUGUGUAUAGUUUAGUCCAGCACAAGCUGCUCCCAGGAUGUUCAGUGCUAGUCACCAGCCGGCCCACUGCGUUCCAUUUAUUGGAAAAGGCUGAGAUCAGCGUCUGGGCUGAAAUCCUGGGAUUUGUCGGUGAUGAACGGAAGGAAUAUUUCCACAGGUUUUUCGCAGAUCCGCGGUUGGCUGCAGCAGUUUACAACCACGUGGAGGAGAACGAGAUCCUGCACACCAUGUGCUACAACCCCUCGUACUGCUGGAUCCUCGGUCUCUCCCUGGGUCCCUUUUUCACGGAAAAAGACAGGACCCAGCAGCAAGUUCCCAGGACCAUCACCCAACUGUAUUCCUACUUUAUUUACAACAUCUUGAAAAACCAUAGCCGAGCAAUUGAAAACCCCCGCGAUGUGCUACUGAAGCUUGGUGAGAUGGCCUUCCAAGGAGUCUCUGAGAAAAAGGUUGUGUUUAGAAUUGGAGAUUUGAUCCAGUACAACCUGCAACCCUCCCAGUUCCUGUCUGGAUUCCUGAUGGAAGUUUUGGAAGGGGACGCUUCUGCCCAGCGUGUGGUUUACACGUUCCCACACCUCACCAUCCAAGAAUUCAUAGCUGCACUUACACAAUUCUUGACUCCAAAUCCUGGGGACAUAAGGGAACGCCUCAGUGAGGCCCACGAUGAGGAAGAUGGGCGAUUUGAUGUAUUUCUGCAUUUUGUGACUGGCCUCUGCUCCCCACAGUCAUCUCAGCCUCUGGAGGAGUUUCUGGGUCCGUUUUCACAGAAAACGACUUGGGAAGUGAUCGACUGGGUGAAGGAGAAUUUUGUCGCACAUGUUGGAAAUACAGAGAGUAAAAUUGGCAAAAAGAACCUCCUGAGUGCAUUGCAUUACCUAUUUGAGUCUCAGGACACUGCACUGGCUCAUAGCACAGUUGGUUCAAUAAAAACACUUAAAUUUGGCGAUUCAAACCCAUAUAAUGCUUUGCGAUUGACCCCUAUUGAUUGUGCAGUAAUAUCUUCAGUUAUUGGAUUGUGUGAGACAAUAUGUUAUCUUGAUCUACAAAACUGCUACAUCCAGCAUGAAGAACUGCAGCAGGUGGCACCUCUACUGUACAAGUGCCAAUAUUUGAGGCUAAGCAAUAAUGAACUAGGAGGCUCAGGACUGAAAUUACUGUCUUCAGCUUUGAGGAAUUGUGAUUGUAAAAUACAGAAACUGGAGUUGCAAUCUGUUGCUGUCACUGAAUCUUGUAUUGUGGAUUUCGCCUCAGCUCUCUGUACAAACCGAUCAUUAACAGAUCUGAACCUGAGUAUUAAUAAACUGGGAGAUGUUGGAAUCAAGCGUCUGUCUGUUGCUUUAAGGCACUCAGAAUGUAAAAUACAAGAUUUGCAGUUGACAGUGGUUGAUCUCACGGACUCUUGUGCCUUGGAUCUCUCUUCUGCUCUCAACAGAAACACGUCAGUGAAAAUUCUGAACCUGAGUUACAACAAACUGAGGGAUUCAGGACUAAGAAUAUUUUCUGCAUUUCUGAAGAACCCAGAAUGUAAAUUACAGGAUCUACGCUUGGAUGAAAACUGUCUGACAGAUGAUUGUGCAAAAGAUUUUACCUCAGCACUCAGUGCAAACCGGUCUCUGGUUGUUCUG